CUCAUGGGCUGGACAGAAUACAGCCUGCCGGGUUUGACAGCACUUUUCUACUCUCUUUCCUGCUGUGGAUUAUCUGUGUUGUGUUUUUGGAGUAUUCAGAUGGCAUGUUUCACGGUUAAAGGGAUUCCCAACACUGGGAAAAGUCCAAGAGUGUGUCCUGGAACAGAGUGAAGGGAGGAGGAGGGAAGAAAGCAGCAGUUUCUCCCCUCAUCUUUGCCUCCGCAGGCGUUUCUUCUGUGGAAGAAUGGGGGCAGGAGCUCUGACCAUCUGUCACAACAAGACAGCAGCGCUGGUUAAAGAAGACAUGAAGAAGAUGGUCAACAUACCCAUCCUGAGACCCAGGACAGUGACAGCCAAGCACACCAGGUUGUUUGGAGUGUCCCUGCUGGAGCUGCAGGAGAAGGGCCUGGUGGAGGACGGUGUGCCUUUGGUGAUGCGGAGGAUGGUGAAGCAUCUCAGCACACAUGCCUUGAAUCAAGAGGGUCUGUUCAGAGUGAAUGGAAAUGUGCGUGCUGUGGAGACCCUGAAACAGCGGCUGGAGAGUGGAGAGGAUGUGGACCUUCUCUCUGAAGCCGACUCGUGUACGGUGGCCAGCUUGCUCAAACGAUUCCUCCGGGACCUGCCUCAGGGUCUGGUUGACUCAACAGUCCAACAGGCGCUGAUACAACACCACCAAGAGAGCGGUGAUGAUGUCUCUUGGUCAGAUAUGAGAGAUCUGCUCCAGCAGCUUCCAGACGUUCACUACAGCCUCCUCCGAUACCUCUGCCACUUCCUCACCAUUGUGGAGUCCAAGCACGAAGAAAACCGCAUGACCGCCCACAACCUCGCUACUGUGUUUGGACCCAGCGUCUUCCAAGUUGCUCCUGGUUUCGAAGCGAUGAAGGACCAAAAUAUCUGUAACAAGAUCAUGGUCAAGCUCAUCCAGAACUACAGCGAUUUAUUUGAGACGGCCAGAGACGGAGAAGGCUGCACUGAAGAACUGCCAACCCUUAUUACUGUCAAGGAGGUGCAAGAGACGGAUGCAAGCACCCAGCCGCAGAAGUCCCCCAGCCACCUCAAAGCAAACACCCCAACACCAGUUCCUAGAAAGAAGGUGUGUGGUCCGCUCAACAGUAGAACGCAGGCUGGACAGAAAAACCCACCACAAGAGGCAGAGCUCCUUAACAAAUCCUCCACUAUUCCUCCAAAGGCGCGGCAGAGGAAAAACAAGGUGAGGAAAGGAAAGAGUGGCGGUAUGAUUCAAGUCAUCCCUCGGCCCAGCCACUCUGCUGGGUUGCCCCAUGCCAAGAUCCUCUCCAUACCAAUCAUUUUGCCCCUGACAUCAGGGCUGAGAAGCCCCAGUCCUGAGCCGAUGGAGACAGCGCUCCAAGACUCUGCCUCGCCACUCGGCCACUUCGAUGUCAGCUCCUCAGGCAGCAUGGAGGACGUCAGCAGCUCCCAAGAAGAAGAGAGGCCAAUAUCUCCUUUCUACAUGAGUAACCAUCGCUCUCCUGUCUACUGCAGACCAGAUGUGGUGAAUAUUCUGGACAGGACAAUCCGUUCAGCAGUGGAGCAGCACCUCUUCAAUGUUCACCCUGUAGAGGGUCAAAGUUCAGAGGGCAGCGAGUUAACGUGUCCAUCGUCUCCAAGGGAGACACCGACUGCCCGUCAGAGACGUCGACACCAGAGAGAGCAGCAGGAGGAGGGGCUGAGACAUAAAGAGAGAAACAGAGCAGCGUCCAGCCAAGCAGACAAGGAGAACAUCCCGUCGAGCGCAGGGAGCAGCACUGGCAGCGUGAGUGAGGACACGGGCAGCAGAGUGAACUCACAGGGAGGCCAGGGCGCUCACGCCGAGCGAACCCCAAAACCCAGGAAGUGGAAACACAGCCCGACCCUGGUGCAGCUCACAGACAACCAGGACGCCCAAGAAUUCAUGGAAUGUGUUGGCGAGAGACCCGGAGAAAACCACAUGGAGACAUUUCCUGAAGGCUAUGACAUUUCAAGGAAAGAUGUCCUUUCUUCUCCAAAGACGUUAAGGAUGAAGAUCCAGGAGUCGCCCGUCACUUGUGACACGGGAAGGGUCGGCGGGGGAGAGGUGCGAGCCUCUGACCCGGACUGCGAGAGCUGCGAGGACGUACCCCGGCUGGACCUGACAUCACUCACUGAAGAAAACAACUGGGGAGAACCAGUCCCAGCAUACCCUCCUCUGCAAAGGGAGAGCAUGGACCGUGAGGAAGCUCGACUGUCCCCUCACGCCGGGGGACGUCUGAUCCGGCAGCUCCUGGAGGAGGACAGCGACCCGAUGCUGUCGCCGCGCUUCUACGCCUACGGACACAGCCAGCAGUACCUGGACGACACAGAAGUGCCUCCCUCACCACCCAACGCACACUCAUUUGUCAGUCGCAGACGGAGUUCCUCUCUUGGCUCCUGCGACGAUGAUAAAGAGGAGUUGACGUCCGCCCAGCUCUCAAAAAGGAUCCACGUGCUGCGGAAGAAGAUCCACAGAUUUGAUGAGAAGUUUGAAGACGAAAGAAAAUAUAGGCCCUCCCACAGUGAUAAAGCCGGAAACCCAGAGGUGCUGCGAUGGCUUAAUGAACUGGCCAAGCUUCGCAAAGAGCUGAAAGAGAGCAAGCUGAUGAAGUCUGAAGAGGACCUUCCACCUCUGACCCGGCAGCGCAGCAACACCCUGCCCAAAAGCUUCGGCUCUCAGCUGGAGAAGAAGCCGCAGCAGGAGAAAGUACCGAAGCCUCCCGUGGAGAGCAGCCUGGAGACCAUUUUGAAGAAGCUGCAGGAGAAGAGGGAGGAGGUGAACCGCCCUGAGGACAUCAAGGAUAUGACACGGGAGCAGAUCGGAGCGGAGAAAGUCGCCCUGCAGAAAGCGCUCCUCUACUACGAGAGCAUACACGGCCGACCAGUCACCAAGAGCGAGAGGCAAAUCAUGAAGCCCCUGUACGACAGAUACCGCCUGGUGAAGCAGAUCCUGUGCCGAGCCUCCAGCAUCCCCGUCAUUGGCUCUCCCUCCAGCAAGCGCAGAGGGCCGCUCCUUCAGCCCAUUAUCGAGGGCGAAACAGCGCUCUUCUUCGAUGACAUCAAGGAGGAGGAGGACGGCUCAGAGGACGACGGGGACUCCAAGACGCAGUUCACCGUCACCGUCCGGCCAGACCUCAGCGUGCUCGGCUUCCUGGACCACAUGGAGGAGGAAGCAGACGGUUUCAUCUCACCUGUGGACGACCUGUCACCCUCGAAGAACACGACAGACAUGAGGCUGUCCAACCUGCACUCCGCCACCAUGGAAGAACUCGUGGUGCAACUCCAAGAGAGCCGGGAGGAGAAGAAAAGACUCCGCAAGAACCUGAAAGAGUUUGAGGACCAGUUUUUUAGGCAAAAUGGAAGAGUCGCGCAGAAGGAGGACCGUUCCCCGCUGGCAGUCGAGUACAACGAAUACAAACACGUCAAAGCCAAACUGCGGCUGCUGGAAGUCCUCAUCAGCAAAGGAGGAUCUACUAAAUCAAUCUGAGACAAAAAAAAUUAAAAGACUCUAUGGACUUCAGAGAUACAGUCAAACACAUCUCACCCUGUAGGAACAAAUAUCAGAUUUUCCUUCUCGCUACCGCCUGUUUUUCCAUUCAGUCGAGCUCAUGCUGGGUUUUCUUCGGGAGCCUGCAGAGAGCCGCUGAAUCGUGACUGAUUCAAAGCGACACAAAGUCACCUGAGAAGUUCCUUUUCGACAAAAAACCCUCACCUUUAUAAGAGCGAGGACAUUUCUCAAACACACACAAAAAACCUGAAUCACAGUUUUAUAGCUAGUAAUUUAUUUCUAUCCUUUUAAAUGUUUUCAUCACAGAAACAGAAAAAGUUAUUUUUCUCACACUUUACUGUAGAUGUCUUAAAAAAUAUAGAUAUAAAAAGUAUUGCUAUUUUUUAAAGAAGGAUUUUUGUGAUCAAGAUGUAUGUGUAUUUUUGUAAGGGAGAUGUUACUAUUUGUAUAACUUCAAUCAGCUUAAGAGUAUUCACUAAAUGGAUAGCUUUCUCUAUUUCAGUUCUGACCAUCGUAUAAUGUCUGAAAUAAUCUUAUGUUACUUCUCUAGAAGUUAAAUUGAAUAUUUGUUCACUAUAAGAAGUGUUUUUAAUAUAAAUACAACCCAAAGACAGUGACUCAGAGUACAAACUGCAAACCAAAACGGCUCAUAUUCAUUAAAACAGCUUAUGUUGUGAUCACUGGUACUUCGGCAUUGGACUGUAUAUUUUAUGAAUUGACAUGCCUUUUCCCCCCCCAUCUACUUCCUGUCAAAUAAGCUAUUUCUCUUAUUGAAAUCACUGGUAUGUUUUUGCUCACAUUGAUAAAACAUUGACAAAUGUUUGUGAGAAGGCUUUGGAGGAAAAAAACAGCAGCAGUCUGUUUUCUUCUCGUCCAGCUUGGAGCUCGUUGGUUCUUUUUGUAAAUAUAGAUCACCUGUGUAUGUUUACGUUUCUGUGAGCAAGUACAUUUUUCCUUUCUUUCUCCAAAAUGGAUGAUUUGUCAGUGCGAAUUUCGUUUUUACUGAAUGUAAACACUGGCCAAGACUUAAUGAAUUUUGAGUGUGUACAUUUUAGUACAUAAAUUGUUAUUGUGUUUUGUAUAUAUAAUAUGAAUGAAAUCAAAUUUUUACUGAG